AUGGCUGAAUCAGAUAGCCCUCCGGAGAGUGAGACAAUCGUCACUCUCCUGCUACUGGGCGACGCAGGGUGCGGCAAGACGACAUUUUUAUCCCGCCUUAAGCACGGAAGGAGAGCACCACCAGCUCGCGCCGGCCCCACGGGAGACAGCAACGAUGAGACCCUCCGUGACACUGACCAGCCCUUCAUAUAUGACAUCCGGUUCUCGAAGAAGAAGUUCACGCUAGAGAUGUACGACACGUCCAAUCCAAACCAGCAUUGGACGACUCUGCGGCCUGAUGUGGUAGUCCUGGCGUUUGAUAUCUCGAAUCGAGAGACGCUGGCAGGUCUAAAAGCGUGGAGACACGAUGUCAUCCGGUACUUCCAGCACGGUCAUGGCGAGCGUCUACCUGUCAUGAUGCUGGGUCUGAAGAGAGACUUAAGGAAAGAGGGCGAGGGGGUGAUUUAUCCUCAAGAGACCUAUCGCAUUGCCCAGGAACUCCGUUGUGAUCGGUACGCGGAGUGUUCGGCCCUGACGGGUGAGCUGUUACCGGAGACGUUUGAGGAUCUGGCGAGACUGGCGGGGAUGACGACGACGGAGAAAGGCGGCCAGUCUGAGGGCGGAUGUAUCAUUUUGUAG